UCCCGGAGGCGCAGCCGCCGCGGCCCCUCCCCCGCCGGCCGCUCCGGCUCGGGGCUCGCCGGGCGGGAGAGUUUCGCUCCCGGGUGGGAGAUGCCGCGCGGGCUUCGUGUCCUCGCAGAUUUUCAACCAACAUAAUGCUGAAGCUCCCAACUUGGAACCAAUAUUUCACAGAAUGGCACAAAUGGAACCUAAUCUGGACCAUGACGUAUCAUGGUUCCUCCUUCCAUCAUACUGGGCUAAAAUGGUUGUGGCAUUAAUUUCCUUCCUCUGUUUUGCUAACAGCUAUGAUGGAGAUUUUGUCUUUGAUGAUUCUGAAGCCAUCAUCAAUAAUAAGGACCUCAGGGCAGAAACCCCACUUGGUGACCUGUGGUAUCAUGACUUUUGGGGUAGCAAACUCAGCAGCAAUACCAGUCAUAAGUCAUAUCGACCGCUAACUGUCCUAACUUUCAGAAUUAAUUACCUUUUUGCUGGAGGCUUCUACCCAGUUGGUUUCCAUGUCAUCAACAUAAUCCUGCAUUGUACUAUCUCAGUGUUGAUGGUUGAUGUGUUCUCCAUAUUAUUGGGUGGAUUGCAAUUCAGCAAUAAAGGAAGACGGCUAAACCUGGCUCCAAAGUCCUCUCUUCUUGCUGCUUUGCUCUUUGCUGUACAUCCAGUCCACACCGAGUGUGUUGCUGGGAUUGUUGGCAGAGCAGACCUACUGUGUGCCCUGUUCUUCCUGUUAUCAUUCCUUGGCUACUGUAAAGCAUUUAAAGAAAAUAAGGAAGGACAUACGUUUUCUGUAUUCUGGGUGCUGGUGAGUGUUGUCCUAGGUGCAAUAGCCAUGCUGUGCAAAGAACAAGGAAUUACAAUACUGGGUUUGAAUGCAGUGUUUGAUGCACUGGUGAUUAACAAGAUAAAUCUUUUGGAGCUCAUUCGAAAGUUACUGUAUAAGGACAAGUCAUUGGAGAAUGCUGGGCUGUUAAGGAAGGGGCUGCUUUUCAGGAUAACUCUUUUGAUGUGUGGAGGGGCCGGAAUACUUUAUAUCCGCUGGAGGAUUAUGGGCACAGGGCCGCCUGCUUUCACUGAAGUAGACAACCCGGCUUCAUUCGCUGACAGUCUGUUUGUAAGAGCUAUAAACUAUAAUUACUACUAUUCACUGAAUGCAUGGUUGCUGUUGUGUCCCUGGUGGCUGUGUUUUGAUUGGUCAAUGGGCUGCAUACCCCUCAUUAAAUCCGUCAGCGACUGGAGGAUAAUUGCACUAGCAGCACUUUGGUUCUGCCUAAUUGGUCUGAUAUGCCAAGCUCUGUGCUCAGAAGACAGCCAUAAGAGAAGAAUCCUUACACUGGGCCUUGGAUUUCUUAUUAUCCCUUUUCUUCCUGCAAGUAAUCUCUUCUUCCGAGUAGGAUUUGUUGUUGCAGAGAGAGUCAUCUACCUCCCCAGUAUUGGAUAUUGUAUUCUCUUUACAUAUGGAUUUAGUCUCUUGAGUAAGCAAGCCAAGAAAAAGAAAAUUCUUGCUGUGGCAGUACUUGGGAUCUUGUUGAUAAAUGUUAUGCGCUGUGCGCUCCGCAGCAGUCAGUGGAGGUCAGAAGAACAGCUUUUUAGGAGCGCAUUGUCUGUGUGCCCUCUGAAUGCAAAAGUGCACUACAAUGUUGGCAAAAACCUGGCUGACAAAGGAAAUCAAAGUGCUGCAAUCAAAUACUACAGAGAAGCUGUAAGGUUGAAUCCAAAAUAUGUGCAUGCCAUGAACAACCUUGGAAAUAUUCUGAAAGAAAGAAAUGAGCUCCAUGAAGCAGAGGAGUUGCUGUCCUUAGCUGUACAAAUACAACCUGAUUUUGCUGCUGCAUGGAUGAAUCUAGGAAUAGUGCAGAACAGUUUAAGAAGGUUUGAAGAGGCAGAGCAAAGCUACUGGACAGCAAUUAAACACAGAAAAAAAUAUCCAGAUUGUUACUACAAUUUAGGGCGGUUGUAUGCAGAUUUGAAUCGCCAUAUAGAUGCAUUGAAUGCAUGGAGGAAUGCUACAGUCCUGAAACCAGAGCACAGUUUGGCCUGGAACAAUAUGAUAAUAUUGCUUGAUAACACAGGCAAUCUAGCUCAGGCAGAAGCAGUUGGAAGAGAAGCCCUGGAAUUAAUACCUAAUGAUCAUUCCCUUAUGUUUUCCUUGGCUAAUGUACUGGGGAAAUCACAAAAAUAUAAGGAGUCUGAAGCUUUGUUCCUCAAGGCAAUUAAAGCCAAUCCAAAUGCUGCCAGUUAUCACGGUAAUUUGGCUGUGCUUUAUCAUCGCUGGGGAAACCUUGACUUGGCGAAGAAGCACUAUGAAGUCUCUCUGAAGCUUGAUCCCAUGGCACCAGGAACCAAGGAAAACUACAACCUCCUAAGAAGAAAACUGGAGCAGUUGCAAAAGAAAGGCGGUGCCUGAUGCUCCUUUUCAGGUUGCCCGUGCAUGCUGUUUACGACUGCUGUUACAUGGGUAUUUUUGACCAUGUACAGGCUUCAGUCAUCAUUUCUCAAACACAACACCACCAGCACCGCACACUUGAAUGUCCAGUUUUGCCCUUCUACAGAUCCUACAUUUCAGCUUGAGGGAUCAUUUCAUUUUUACUUGAACUGCUUUUAAAGUUCAUUAGAACAUUUUUAUAGGUAUAUGAAAGUAAUGCAGAUGGAAUUUCACAGCAUACGCGUGUAAUUUGAUAUCUUCAUCUGACUUUUUAGUAGUGGGAUGAGUAGCAGGAGGCAGUUUUAUUUCUGAAAGUGAUACUUAAAAGUGCAAUUUCCUGUUUAAAUCCUGAUCUUUUCAAGUAUGAAAAAUAUCUGUCCACUUCAGUUUUCUAUUACUGCCUUCCAGGGCCAGUCCUGCACAGCCAGUGGAAGAAUGAAUUCUCUCCAGCACAUCAGUCUACUCAUAUAAUUUGAGUUAAGCCCUUAUGCUCAUUUCUCUCUCCAGCCUGUGAAGUGUCAGAUUUGUAGAGGAGUAAAUAAGGGCAAGGAUUUGACCACAAAUGUCUGUCAGCCAGUGUAUGCUUGAGUGUAGAAAGUACUGUUAGAUGACAAUGGAGAUUUUAGCAAGCAGCUAAUGAAAAGAAGCUGAGGCAACAGAGGAGUCAGGUAGUUUCUGUUCUUGCAGGCAGCCUCAUCCACCACAGACAACAUGGACAACAAAUCAGAAUUGCUUUAGCUCCUGUGGCAGGUCAGUGGUUUAAAUACAGUAUAGUGUCUGUAGGAGCUAAUUGCUGCGUUCUCAGGCAAUUCAGUGCUUUCUGGUUAAGGACAUUACACCUUUCAGCUCCUAUACUGCAGGGGAAUAAAGAGAGAAUUUCUGUGGAGCAGUAACUGUGCAGAAGACCUGACCUUGGCUGUUGAUCUGUUACCUGAAAGAACUUGGCUUCACCUUUGUCUCCCAUGGCUUGUGUGUUUGCUGAAGGGACAGAUAAAUAAGCAUAGCUGUUAAUGCAUAAACGGAGCACAUCAAUGUGGGAUGAUUCAGAGGUGGUUUAUGUUGAUACCAUGUUACCUCUCAAAAGGGGCUAUGCUUUAAUACACAUUUGAACUCUGGCUGUCCAGAGUUGUUUGUCAUGUAUUAUAUACUUACAUUCCUGCUUCAGGAAGUAAUAAUGUCUUUACUUGCUGGUGGUUGGUUUUUCCAGUUUCUUUGGGUUUUUUGAGAUGUUUCGUUUUGUUUGUUUGUUUAAGAUUGGAAGUUUGCUAUUAGAUAUGAAAACUGGGGAACUUGACCUGUCUUUUCAUAUUCCUCUUUUCUUGCCAUCCAUGUCCCCUGGCAGCACAGUAUGAUCAAGGCUAGCUCGGGUACUACAAAUCAUGCAGGUACUUUAGUGUACUAUUUUUGCCACACUAACUGUAGAUCUAGGCAGCAAGGCUGUGGCAGUGUGGUGCUGUCCACAAAUUUGGCUUUGAAUGAGCUAACAGGGCUAUAUACUGGUUUGUUUUAUUUGUGGUGCCACAGGCACGUAUGUGUGCUCCUCUCCUACAAAUAUAGCCUGUUUCUCAGCGGGACUAAUUAGUUCACACAGGGUGCAAAGCCAUGGCAAUUGUUUCCAUUUCUUCUGGUUUCUGGACAAAGUUCUCAGAAAUUUGUUUCUGAAUAUGAUCCAAGCAUGCUCUUUGAUAAAUAUCUGGAAGCAGAACACUGCACCAGUAUGGCUAAUCAUCUUCCAAUGACCAGCCUAGCUUAGUACCAACCUUUGUAUCUGAAAGGUGCUGAAAUAGAUACACCCUUCAGUACAAGCAGCAGGUUCUUAAGGCUUUCAAUACAUAGCCUACUAUUCAUCAGAUAGAGAGAACACGUAGCUUCUUCAGUCAUGAGGAAUUAAAGAGUAGGGAUCUGGCUGGAUGAGCUAAUUUAUAGCAGAAGAUAAAUAUGUUUACUAUAAUCAGGUCUUUUCUGUAUAUUUGGAAUAUGACAUCCUGAGUUUAAAUUAUUAUUGUCAUCAUAAAGUCCACAUGUGUAGUUUUCCCUGUUGCUUUCCAUAUCAGCUUUAAGGACAUCCACUAGAUCAAUAUUAUGUAUGAGGGAUGCAUUUUUUCUAGGUCAUUAUAAACCAAAGUUGUAGAAAUUCCUCUGUGGAAGUCCUUCUGUUCAAGAGUCUUAAGACAGAAGAGACCAACAAACAAAUUGGAUGUUUUCUUAGUAUUUGAAAAUGGUCUUUACUUUUCAGUACAGACAACAUCAUUUCUUCUUGAUUAGCUUUCUGGCUACCUGUAUAUAUUUUUUUGUGAGGGUUUAUUUGUUUUAUAUAAUAUUUACUGCUAUAGAAAUUCAAUGUGAUUACUUGUAUGAUGGUAAUAUGAAGCAUACCCAUAUAUCUCAGUUUAAUGUUGAGGCAGAAUUGUGUUCGAAAGAAGCCACAAAGAUGACUGCUUUUGUAAUAAAAACUUCCUUAAGACUUUUAAGAAUACUAAAUAUUUUUUUACUUUAUUUUCAGAAAUAUUCUGAAAGUGCAAACAGUGCAGUGGCUUUUAUUAAUAUGGUUAUAAUGUUAACCUUUUUAUUGGUUUUUCAUACCUCAUAACUGACUCCUGGAACAGUGCAGAACACUAAACUUCAAAGAGAAAAAGGUGAAGAAAAAGUUGGCUUGUACAUAACUGUAACAUAACUGUAGUUACACAUAUUGCCUAUCUUUCUAGCAUGCUGGAUUUUUUUUCCCAUUGCUAAUU